AUGAAAUCACUCCCCAGAUCAAUAUCGAGUCGAUCUAAUUCAACUUCAGCCAACGAUGAUAAUCAUCAAUCAACCUCUAAGGUAGGUAGAUCAUCAUCAUUCUCAACAUCAUCAACAAGCACAACCACAAGCACAAGCACGAGUAACGCAGUACCUGUAUUACCCCCCGUCAUAACGGGAGUUUCAUUAUCUUCGAUAUCAGAAACGACUCGAUCAAUACCUAUACCAUUACCAAACACGAUUAGAAGAUCAUCAGAACCUGUUCAAGUUGAAAGAUGGGCUAGACCCACUCUACCAAGUUACGCAGUUUCUAGAUCUAGAGUAGUACCACCUAUAUCAAUCAACAAUACCAAUAACAGUAACAAUGCACCUUUACCAGACUAUGAAUAUGCCAUCUCACCGGAAAGUACCAAUAUCAGUAUAAGCGCUAGUGCGGUGAGAGAUCAAUCAAGAGGAACGGAGAGAUUCAUGCAAGAUGCCGUCAGGGAAUACUUUGGAACCUCACAUACAUCAAUUAGACCCAUGGAUCAAUCAUCAUUGGAAAUCGAUACAUCAGAAGAGAAUGGCGCUUCAGUCGAGAACGGACAUGGGAACGAAAACGGUGGAAAUCGCAACAGUACCAGUAACAGUAACGAAGAAGCAAUAGAAGAAGAGGAAGAAGAUGAAACAGUAAAUGUUGAUGAUGGUUAUGAUGAUGACGAUGAUGAUCCACUCAUUCCUAGAAGAAGGAUAUUUGGUCAAGCACCUCAACCAGCUAGAAGAAACACGUUCACAGUUCAAGAUCAUUCAUAUUUGCGUCCUGAUCUAUCAAACCAAUUAAGUAGCUCACUAGGUAACGGAGAAGGUUAUAUUGAUUUACCUAUACCUACGAGUGAACCACCUAUAUAUUCACCUUCUUUGGGAAGGGAUGAAUUACGUCUAAUAUCGACAGUACAUUUAUCAUCUGAUCAUCCUGCGGCUGCGUAUUUCAACGCUAUAGCUCAAUCUCCACCACCACCCGCAGGACCACCGAUCGGAGCAGCAACGGUGAUCAAUGCGAUUAGAGGAAUCGGGAGCGGAUCUGGAACUGGAACUAUCAAUACUAGUACAGGUGGAAAGAAAUUGAAAAUGACCAUAACAAGAGGUGGAAUAAGGAUGAACGCGAAUGGCACAGGACCGUUAUACAUCAGAUUACCAAGAGAAGGUUGGGUGGAAGGUACAGUGGAAGUUGGUAAAGUCGAUAGAGCCAUAGGAUUAGAGAUCUCCAUCAUUGGUAUGAUCAAUGUAUCAUAUUACGUUCGAGGACAAUAUACCGUUUUAGAUACGCUUCCAUUAGCAAGGAAUAAAGCACAACUUUUCCCUCCCGAGGAAUCCCUUUUGUCAUCUGGUCCUUCCGGGCAACCAGCCAAUCAAGAAACUCAAGAAACAGCUCAAUCAUCAUCCGCGCCCCAUGUCGCAUCAACAAGUUCAGCUGAACAACCCAAAACGAAAGAUGGACAACCACUCAUUACACCAAAUUCCUCAUUCGAAUUCUCGUUGCAAAUGCCAAGCACCCAUUUCAAAGAUUCGAAUGGCGAAUUGCCGCCAACAUGUGAUUUGCAACAAUUGGGAAUGCAAGCUAGUGUUGAUUACGUGUUAAGAGUGAAGUUGGUCAGAAAGGGUCUGAGGUUUAACGAAACUUUGACCGUACCAAUAGUGUAUCAACCGAGAGCGUAUAUUCCACCUCGACGAUUGAGAGCACUGACAUUGGAUGACCCAUUAAAUCCAGGAUGGAGAACAAUUCAACUGAGUGGUGGUAAACCGAAAACCAAAACCAACCUGCCUAAUCCAGUAGGUACGACAGGACCAGGUGUUGAUGUAACGCUAUUGCUACCUUCACCACCAAUCUUAUUCAUACCGAAUCAAGGCGAAUUACCUAAAUUCCCGUUCCACCUACAUUUCCAUUCCACCUUACCACAUCCUUUAUCGACUUUUUCUAAUCCAAUGGAUAGUCGAUUUGUCAUUCGUUUAACAAGAGUAUUGAUUUUUAGAAUCGGGAUUGAGAAGGAAGUUAGAAGAAUUGAAAUUCCGACUGAAGUUGAAAUUUGGCAAGAAGGUGGUGAAAGAAUUACAUUGAGUUCGAUCGGUGAAAAUACAUCAGAUAUGAGAAGAGGUUCGACGGUAUCUGGUCCUGUCCAAACAGCUACGGCAUCAGGUUCCGGAUCCGGAGGAGACGGAUUAAGCUCAAGUCUCCCUUCUACUGUGAAUACACCAACGGGAACCACUGAAAAUGGUGGAUCUGGGGGAGCAGGCGGACCAUUGAGAAGGUUAUCUUCUGCUGGAUCAGGGUUAGCUGAAUCACCCAGAAGGAAAUCCUUUCUCAGUGACAGAAGAGGAUCAUUCAGUCUAUUAAGAAGAAAUUCAACUUCAACUUCAAAUGCAAAUCAACAAACUCCUAAUCCAUCUGGAUCUGGAUCAGGAUCAGGGGUGUUAUCACCUCCAUCAAACAAUAUAUCUCUACCUCCGAUCAUAGAUGAAGAUCACCAAAGUCCAAUACAGAGUAGACCAGAGAUGUCAACUUCGCCAACUUCAGCAUCUGUAUUACCUAUCAACAUGGAUUCAACAGAUGUUCAUUUACAAGGUUCCAUGUCAAUCAAAACAUGUUCAAAUUCACAUGCAGACGUUUUGAGAAGACUGAUCCAGAGUUUCAUUGUUCCUGAAAUGACUCUAACAUAUGUAUUGGAAAUUGGAAUUGAACCGAAGAAAGGGGCUGUAAAAGAGAAUUUCCAGCAUAUUUGGGGAGGUGGUGUUGUGGAGGUCGUACUUGGCAGAAGGGAGUAA